UCAAACGGCGCGCGACUCCGGCGCGCACACUCGCACCGAUGCGCGGCUCCUGGGACGAGUCCACGACGGCGGCGCUGCACGCGCGCAUCCUGGAGGCGCACCGCGGGUCCGCCGCGCCCGACCGCGCCGAGCCCGCGUGCGAGCCUCCGCCGCUGACGCUGGGCGCGCUGGAGCUGGCGGCGCCCACGCCGCUGCUGCCGCUGCCCACGCUGAGCUUCAGCGCCGCGCAGGUGGCCACCGUGUGCGAGACGCUGGAGGAGAGCGGCGACGUGGAGCGCCUGGCGCGCUUCUUGUGGUCGCUGCCCGUGGCGCACCCCAACGUGGCCGAGCUGGAGCGCUGCGAAGCCGUGCUGCGCGCGCGCGCCGUCGUCGCCUUCCACGCCGGCCGCCACCGCGAGCUGUACGCCAUCCUCGAGCGCCACCGCUUCCAGCGCUCCAGCCACGCCAAGCUGCAAGCGCUGUGGCUGGAGGCGCACUACCAGGAGGCUGAGCGCCUGCGCGGCCGUCCGCUGGGCCCCGUCGACAAGUACCGCGUGCGGAAGAAGUUCCCGCUCCCGAGGACGAUCUGGGACGGCGAGCAGAAGACGCACUGUUUCAAGGAGCGGACGCGAUCUCUACUCCGAGAAUGGUACCUCCAAGAUCCCUACCCGAACCCGACGAAGAAGAGGGAAUUGGCGGCGGCGACGGGUCUGACGCCGACGCAAGUCGGCAACUGGUUCAAAAACCGACGGCAAAGAGACCGAGCGGCCGCCGCCAAGAACCGCUCCGCCGUGCUGGGCAGAGGGUUCGCAUCCUCGUCGACGUACGACGAAGACUCCGCCGACUCGGAGAUCAACGUCGACGAGGAGUAGCCGUCACAGACUGAUAGUGUAAAUACGGUGAUAAAUCAAUGACGCGCGUCGUCCGACGGACGACUCAGUGGUUGCAAUAAAGACUAUUUCGAGUAGAUCAGGCGCCUGGUGACGUGAAGUUGAGGCGUUGUAAAGUUCGCUGGUAUAAUAAUUGUCGUUGAGUGUUAAGCAGUGCUCGAAGUGAUGGGCGCCAUCACAGGUAUGUACCGAUUUAGUGAAUCGCCUUUCGACUUGUAAUCGAUUAUGUUGCUCGUUAGAUUCGCAGAGAGAGGUUACGACAGGGUUGCAGAUUUUAGUUUUUAUUUUCGGUGGCACAUCCUCGCCCCCGCAAGGGUCAGUAGGUAGAUAUAUAGAUUAUUUAUUAAAUGUACCGUUUAUUUAUCUUAGAUAAGAUUAUAUUUUAUGCCUUCCCGAAGCAUUUACCGAAAUUUUUAUGCUACCGAGUUUUCCUACGAAGAAUUUAUUUAUCAUAUCAAAUUUUUUAGUUGUAAUAUAUUAGAACUUGUAGAUACUCGUAAUUAUGUUUGUCGUAUAGAAUUUUAUAUUACGGAAGUAUUGAAGGUUUGUACCUGACGUAUUACUUCGGUUUGUUGCCAGUAAGAUUUUACCGGUAAUUAGGCUGUCAUUUAUAGUGCCAAUCAAUGUUUUAACUCAGUUGAGUAAGUACCUUUUAUGAUAUUUUCAUUAUUAAACAACAUAUUCAACUUAUUUGUGCCGGCAGAAAAAUCCGAAGCUAUUUGUAAUUGAGAACCUUAGGGCCAUUGUCCUGUCACGCUUAAUUGACUAUAAAGUGAAGGGUUGUGCUAUUACAAAACAUAUUCAACGAUAUAUUAAUUAUUAUGGAAAUGUGUAUAAUUCAUUAAAAUUGCAAAUUGUAGCUCUAACAAAUUUAGCUCUAAAAGUAGAACAUAGAGAAAUUUUAGGAUCACGUCCUUCAAAGUUUCUCUAUCUAACAAUUGUCUUAUCGUGGACGGAUUUUUAGGCGUGGUAAGAUGGAAAUUUUGUGUAACUUUAGUUUUAUAAGCACAGGCCUUCUAUAGUUUCAAUUAUUAUCAAAAAAUAUCUAAAUUACCUAUGUUAAGCGUGAACGCUAAGGUAAUUUAGAACAUGGUAAUGAACCAAUGGGAUUUUACCUAAAAAUUUUAAAUAAUGGUGUCCCUACCAAAGGUCCCUUUUUUAGGUAGAACAAAUCACUCAACUAAUAAUUAUUAUAUUAUUAGAGUUUGACCUUGAUCGGCACUAUAAAUAUAUUGGAAGCCGUUUAUUUAUUUGUAAAUCUACCUGUAUUUUACAAAAAUGCUGUAAUAUAAUAUGCUAGUACCUGCCUAUUUGUGUUAAAUCUAUUAUUGAUUAUCAUAUUAAAAUAAAGAAAAUAAGGCUACACGGCUACAUUCUAAUAAAAAGAAAUUAAAUAUGAAAAUUUUCAAGUAGGUAUACUUUCUAGGUAGGUGAUUAAUUUAGUAACACAUGUAUUUGAAAAUAAUUACAAUAUAAGGUAAGUAGGUACGUGAGUAGGUCGUGUCUUAUAAAAAAUUAUAGUCAUUUGAAUUAAUGUAUUUGAUACAGAAUAUUUUUUCCCGACAAAAUUUAGAAACUUCAGCACCCAGUUAACAAAUAGGCCUAUUGUUUCUUAAAGAUAAGUGUUUACUUUUGAUGCAUUAUAAAUAAAUAACAAUAAACAAUAGCUUUAUUACUUUAAGUUACAUGCUUAUUUAAUAUACUUAAUCCAAAAAGUUAAAUGUGUAAAUCCAAAUAAUUAAUGUGAUGGAAGUUGCACUAGUAUAAACCGUGUCGCAACUUCCAUUUAUCCAUAGUAGGUACCUACUAAUAUCGUAUCUGCUCAAGAUAAGAGUACAUUCAUACAUUGGUAACUAGUCAAGACAUUUUCAAAAACCUAUAUUAUAGAUGGGCAGUUAAGUAAAAACUAUACAAGUUAUAGGUCUGUUGUAUCAAGUUAGAGUGUAAUUUUCCUCGUCUUUAUCACUUGUAGAGUCGAUAACGUACAAUUACUGCAGCGCAAUGAUAGUUUGAUUACGUCUAAUCAAGAGUUAUUACAUCCUCGCUGAUUGUUUUUCUUGCACAGAUAAUAGCGUUUUUAUUGCACCUUUCAAUUAUAUAUUUAAAUUACUUCCGAUUGAUUGAGUCGCUGCAGCUACUUGAUGUACAGGGUCUUGAACGUAAUAACAAAUACGAUUUAAAUGAUGUGUUAAAAUGGUAUGGGGUAAAUUGUAACAUUUUUAAAAUUAAAUGUAUUUUUUUUUUCAAAAAAAAUAUGAUAGGAGAGUAGGGUAGAUAUGGGUAUGUUCUUUGAAUUAAAUUACCAAAAGUUGGUGCUGUAUAGAGGUUACAAAAAACGAACUCUAUUUUUAACUUCUUGUCUAUUCGUGAUAUAUAUUUUUUUUUAGGUAGGUAAACCAAUUUAGGUAAACCCGUUUCAGUCUUCUCGAUUCCUAAUCUAAAUAAGUUCGUGAUUUUUGAAAGUUCAAAGAGGCUUAUGUUCAGCGGUGGACAUCCAUCGGCUGAUAAAAUAAUUAAUGAUACUGAAUAAUAAUUAGUUAUUUUUUUUAAUUUAAAGGUGUUUUUAUUCACUAUUUUCAACUCACUAUUUUAGGGAGGUAGAGCUUAGAGGUAAAGAGAACCUUCUGUGUUUUAAAAGUGUCCGACAAAAUGUGUAAAAUUGGUCACAUUACUUACCUAUAGUCAAAUAGGUAUUUUUCACCUUAUGGGGGAAAAAUUAAAAAAAAAUGUUCGGGUUAUCCCCCCAUAGCUAUGCAUUGCUUAAUUCUACUGUCAUAGAAUUGUAGGUACAUAAAAAGUACUUACCACUCAAAGUUGGUACCAUAGCUUUUACCUUAGUUACAAAACUAGGAAGAUACUUCGUACAACGAGCUCUAUCACAAAGAGCAGCCUCUCUAGCCUGGGUUUAUGGCCAAGAUAUACAUCAAUUCUUUUUCUACAAACUCUAACGCUUCGAAAACAAAAAAAAAUAUAUGGGAAUGACAUACCCGAUUGAUAAGUUGAUCUCGUGACUUAUCGACAACAAAUGUCAUCCCCAUACGUUCGUUAUUUUCGAAGCGUUAAGUUAAUAGUAGUUGUAGGUAACCUGGCUAGAGGGGCUGCUCUUUGCGACACAUCUCGUCAUACCAAGUACCUUCCUACAAAUAAGAAUAGAACUAACGAACUAACUUGGUACUUGUACUUCUAUUUACUAGUAGGUAUGUACUGUGUCGAUGUCGAUGUUUCAAUAAUGGGGAUGAUGACUAGGUUUGAAUAUAUUGAUUUUUAUGAUACAUUCGGGUAAAUAAGGUUAUAGUUAACUAAUUUAUACAUAAAAAGCAAAGAUUGACUGGAUAUUUGCAAAAUAAAUAAGAUUUUAAAAUUUCAAAA